AUGGCUAAGUUCAAUGUCCAGACUCUGCACAAGGCAGCUUCUUUUGAUCCAGUGAACUGGCAAGAUAAAGCAGUGAGUAGCAGCAAAGGAAAGGGAGUUAGAAAGGUAACAUUUGAAGAAGCAAUCUUAAAAAAUCCAUCUACUGAGACUUGCCUCCACAAUACGGUGACCUGCAAUAGCCAACCUGAAGUGGCUCAAAAGUUCAGUUCUAAGCCACUUUUGGACAGGUAUAAAGAUGACAAGAAGGUGAAGCGUAGAAUUAGGACCACAUUCACAGCAGAGCAGCUCAAGGAAUUGGAGAGAAUCUUCCAAGCUACACACUAUCCAGAUAUCAACAUCCGCAAUCAGCUGGCAGCCAAAAUUAAUCUUCCAGAAACUAGAAUUCAAAUUUGGUUCCAGAAUCAACGAGCAAAAUGGAGGAAACAUAAACGAUUUGGCAAUUUAGCAGGCCUGCAGCAUCAGACCAAAACUGAUUUUAUUUCAGCCCCAAAGCCAAAAGACCCUUCCACGAUGCCCAGCCUUUUUGGUAUUGCCCCUCUUUCAGGGUCCUAUUAUGCACUUAUCCAUGAACAUUCCAUGCACACCUAAUUAUCAGACCUUCUGUCUUGUCCAUGGACCCUUUGGCAUUUUCAAAAUCAUUAUUGACUGUCUUCCUCCUUAUAUCCUUCACCUUCUGCUCCUGAAGCAAGUCAGGAAGUGUGCUACUAUCAAUUUCACCUAACAGAGGAUGAAUUGUAAACAUCUUUGAAGCAAUGUCUGAUUCUUCUAAACAGAUGCCUUCACUGAACCAGUAUUAUGGUGUUAUGGGAUUCCAAAUAAUUCCCAUGGCUACAAAAUUUACAGGUUUAAUACAAUUUGGUUACUCUUUCUCAGCUUAUCUUCAUUGGAAGAAGUACCAACUGGUGCAAUUUAGAAAAUGGAUGAAAUAUAAGUAGAAUAUUAAAAGAACUGUAGACAAUAAUUUUCCUUUAAAUAUAGAGCUAAAAAGUUUAAUGUUGGCUUUGAACAAUGAGUGGAACCUGGUGUGGAUCAGUGGUCCCCAACCUUUUUACAUCCUGGGGUAAAUGACACCAAUCUUCCAUCAAAGUUCAACAAUUCAGUGUUAAUUAUACUUUGAUUGAAACAAUAUACAUUCUCAGAUAACAAACAACUAUAGUAUUGCAUCCUCUAUGGAAGAGCUGAGACUUUAAGUGACCAACAAUUGCAGAGUAGGAGUGAUUAGUUUUUAUUGGCCAGUAGCAUAUUCUAUUCUUCACUACAGGGAAAAUGUUGCAUUUUAAUUGAUCAGAUUGGCCACUCCAAACUAUUAAGCCAUUCAUUCUGCAUCUUUUGACAUUAGCUAAAUUUUUGACAAGGCAUAUAAAAUUUAAGACUAGGAUUAGCAACACCAAAUAUAGCUUUUAAUUAUUAUUUUUUACCUUUAAAGAAUAGGAUCGAGGUGUUUGCUUUAUUAUUUUCCAAGUCUGAAAUAAUGAAUUAUAGAUUAAUGCAUUAGAUGGCAAGUGUGGGAGACAGACAGAAUGCGAAACACAGAAUUAUAUUGGAUGAAAUAUUGGCUUGGUCUCUUAAGGGAUUUCUUUAAAUGAUUAAAACAUUUAUGAGGGAAAACACUUUAGUUUUUUUUUUUAAUGGUGAAGAAAAGAACACAGGAGCCACAAGUAGUGGGGAUAGAAGCCAUAAUGAAGAUAAUGUACUGGGAAAACUAUUUGAAUUUAUCUAGAACUCAGCAUUCAUACAUCAAACAUGCCUGUGUACUUUUAUAGAAUUUAGGAAGCUGCCUUAUACUAAAUCAGACCAAUGGUCUUUGACAUUCAGGACUGUACACAGAAGGAAUGAAGAACAUAUGGGCUUUUAAAUGAGUUCAACGAAUCCAGUUUUAUCUCUAACAGCAUAGCUGAUUUGCACAUCAUAUGCAUAUUAUUUAUUCAUUCGUUUAAUUUGUGUAGCCAUUUACCUUCUGCCUCCUCCAAAUAGGGCCACAACUGGUACACCAGCUGAAAUUACAUAAAUUCUCCAUUAACCAUGGUCUGCAUUACAAGUAAUUGUUAUGGUCUAGGAAUAUCCCAAGUCAUAGGUCUGCUUCUUCAUAUGGUGUGCUACUCCAUCCAGAAGUAUCAUCAGGAUACUUAUGAACUAGAUGGUUUCUGGAUAUACACCUGUACUCAACAGCUUCAUAUUGAUGUUAAACAGCUGGGGAGGAAAAAAAAGAACUCUAUGGUGCCUCAUAUUGGAGUGAUCUACCAAUAGAUUCCCCCAUUUCCUACUACAAAUAUCUGGAACUACAAACUUAGAUAGAAGUAUGUCCAUUAGAUCUAAGUAUAGAUCUAAUGUAAAACUGGACCUCUAGGAACUCCAAAUUCUCCCUUCACUGAAGCCUAAGGGUAUAAGAUAAAAUGUUAUAUCAAUGCUACAGUUAACAGAGCAAAAAGGUGCACUUUUUAUAUGCAAUUCUUGCUGCAUCGGACAAUGGUUAAACCAUCUGAUUUUUAUCCCAUUCACACUCUUAAAAGCUGAAUAAAAAUGAUACCGUAAUUCACUUCCUCUAUGGCACUUGCAACUGAAGACCCACCACUCUUUCUAAAAUACACUUAUGGGAAUUACUGGAUCAGACCCAAGGAAAAUCCCUUCAAGAAGAAAUAUAUCACUGUUUCUUGCAAGGCAGACAAUACUCCAUCCUAUUCCAGGUAUUGAUGAGAUCGCUGAUGCAGUCAGUUAUCCCUCCAUCUCUCAAAGAAGCCAGGAAAGGCAAAGCUCCAACUGAGAAGUGGCAAGCUUCCUGGUCCACAACCCUUCAUAUCAUAGAUAUCACCCUAGGAAGCCGCCUUCAUCUUCUGCCUUCACAUUGAGGUUGGUGCAAACCUAUGGUGGAUAGAUUUAGCUUAUUUUUUUUUUUUUAAAAAAAAAAAAAAACACUUUAAAACUCAA